CUGUCGGUGGGUACCGCGAUACUCCGACACUCCGCGGUCCGCGUUUGAUUCAUAUCAGAUAUUUUACUAUUUAACGAAAGGAAAUUGGUGAAAAUGUCGACCUUACCUCACAGCAAGAAGCGUGUCUGCUACUACUACGACAGUGAUAUUGGGAAUUACUACUAUGGGCAAGGACAUCCAAUGAAACCACAUCGUAUAAGGAUGACACAUAAUUUACUUCUCAAUUAUGGUCUUUACAGGAAAAUGGAAAUAUAUCGUCCACAUAAAGCUACUGCGGAUGAAAUGACAAAAUUUCAUAGCGACGACUAUAUUAGGUUCCUGAGAUCUAUCAGACCUGAUAACAUGUCUGAAUAUAACAAACAAAUGCAACGCUUUAAUGUGGGGGAAGAUUGUCCUGUUUUCGACGGUCUGUAUGAGUUCUGUCAAUUAUCAGCUGGAGGGUCAGUAGCUGCUGCUGUGAAAUUAAACAAGCAGGCCUCAGAAAUUUGCAUAAACUGGGGCGGUGGUUUACAUCAUGCCAAAAAGAGUGAGGCGUCCGGUUUCUGCUACGUAAAUGACAUUGUAUUAGGGAUAUUGGAACUGCUCAAGUAUCAUCAAAGAGUUUUAUAUAUCGAUAUCGACGUUCAUCACGGUGAUGGUGUAGAAGAAGCCUUUUAUACAACAGACAGAGUCAUGACCGUUUCCUUUCAUAAAUACGGCGAAUAUUUCCCUGGUACUGGCGACCUAAGAGAUAUUGGGGCAGGAAAGGGAAAGUAUUAUGCAGUUAACAUACCACUAAGAGAUGGUAUGGAUGAUGAAAGCUAUGAGUCAAUAUUCGUACCCAUUAUUUCAAAAGUAAUGGAAACUUUCCAACCCUCCGCAGUGGUCCUUCAAUGUGGUGCUGAUUCAUUAACAGGUGAUCGGUUAGGUUGUUUCAAUUUGACAGUAAGAGGUCAUGGAAAAUGCGUCGAGUUUGUAAAAAAAUAUAACUUACCUUUCUUAAUGGUUGGAGGCGGUGGAUACACGAUUAGGAAUGUAUCUAGAUGCUGGACAUACGAAACUUCGGUAGCCCUCGGCUCUGAAAUCGCAAACGAACUACCUUACAAUGAUUACUUCGAGUAUUUCGGGCCUGACUUCAAACUGCACAUUAGUCCCUCAAAUAUGGCAAACCAGAAUACUCCUGAAUAUCUUGAAAAGAUUAAGACUAGAUUAUUUGAGAACCUAAGAAUGUUACCUCACGCACCGGGCGUACAGGUUCAACCGAUUCCAGAAGACGGUGCAGUUAUCGAGGAUUCUGAAGCCGAGGAAAAAUUAAAUCCUGAUGAAAGAUUACCACAGCGGGAUUUAGACAAGAGGAUACAACACGAGAACGAAUAUAGUGAUAGCGAAGACGAGGGUGAAGGUGGACGUAGAGAUAAUAGAUCAUUUAAGGGUUCUAGAAAACGACCUCGCCUAGAAAAGGGACAAGAGGGUAUGGAAGGUGAUCUAAAGAAGGAAGAGGAUAUAAAAUCCGAACCAAAAGAAAACGAAAAAGAUGAAAAAACAAAUGUCACUAAUGAGGAAACAAAGAAAGACGCCGGUGCGAAUCCCUGAUAGAUAAUUUUUCUUUCUGAAACAAAAAUGGAAAAGAUUCUUAUUUAAAUCAAGCAUAGAUAAGCGUAGGUAACUUAAGUCAAUAAAAUUACGAUAUACAGACGUUCGUUGCCUCGAAUUCGAAAUUUGAUUUUAAAUAAUUACUAUGAUUGGUAUAAUAAUGAUAAUAAUUAAAAAAUGCGUACUAUCAAUAAAGAGACAGUGGUGGUUAUAUUAUCGAUCGGACUCGAGGCAAGCGUAACUUUUACAUAGUUAUACACAUAUUCAAGCGUGUAAUCUACACCGCAGACGAUGAGCAAUUUUUAUUAUUAUUUUUAUUUUUUUUUUUUGUUUCAUUAAAAGUAUUAUCUAACACUUUUUAAUGACUAACUUACCGGAUAAUAGAUUUUUCAAUUUUUCUCAAAUUAUGUGAAUCAUAUGUGAGAUAAGUAAUAUCUUAUGAUCUGAUCACAAGAUCUUCGCAUUAAUUUAGGAUUGACAAAUUUGACUAGUCAAAUGAGAUGAAGAAAUGUGUCUGACGGCGUGCUGCAUACGCAUCGACUGAAAACCUACAUUUCUCAGAGUUAAUUAUCACCAAGAUCAUAAGAUAUAAAUAACUUAUCAAUAUGUCAAAUUUAUUAUUAGUACGUCCCGAUAAAUUAUACAACUAAUAAUGAUAAUACGUUGUGAAUUAGCUGUUCAUUACUCAUCACGUAAAUUUGUUCGAGCCGUUCAAUUAGAGUAAUUGAGAUAUAGUUUGAGGAAAACGCGAUUGUACAAUGAAUUAGUAUUAUCAAUCAAUCAUAGAUUUCUUUUUGUUUCCUACUCUUGUACAUAAAAGUAAAAUCAUAUUUUAACAAUAUCCUACAUGCAGUACUGUAAUAACAAUAUAAUGAUAUUCUUUUUUAUAUAUAUAUAAAGCAUUUUAUUUUAUACAUGCGAAAUUAAACGAUCAGCAAAGGAGGAGAUGCGACAGGAA